ACGCAUGCGCACUGUGAAAUUUGAAGUGAGAGACAGCCACUGUACUCACAGUUUGGCAGCUUGACAACAGAAAGAUAGGUGUAUUAUUUGGCAGGUGCCAUAAGUGUCUCAGUGGCAGUUUUCAGAGAAACUCAUGACGGGGACAGAUUCUAUACAAACGAAGAACACCGGCGAUUUUACAGUUGGAAUUGUUGAAGGGUUUUAUGGCAUGCCAUGGAGUGCCGAGCAAAGAAAAAUUCUUUUUGGAUGGAUGCAGAAGAUGGGUUUAAACACUUACAUGUAUGCUCCAAAAGAUGAUUACAAGCACAGAGCUCAUUGGAGGGACUUGUAUUCUGUGGAAGAAGCAGAUAACCUUGGAAAUCUUAUUGAAAGUGCCCAUGAACAUGGUGUGACAUUUGUUUAUGCAAUAUCACCUGGUCUAGAUAUUUCCUUCUCCAAUUCAAAAGACGUGAUGGCUUUAAAAAGAAAACUUGAGCAGGUGGCUACAUUUGGUUGUAGGGCUUUUGCACUACUUUUUGAUGACAUUGAACCAGAGUUGUCUGAGGCAGACCGUGGGGUCUUUUCAUCUUUUGCAUUUGCACAGGUGUCUGUAGCCAACGAAGUGUAUGAGUAUCUAAAUCAGCCAAAGUUUCUUUUUUGCCCUACAGAAUACUGUGCCUCAAGAGCCAUGCCUAAUGUACAGUCAUCCAUGUAUCUGAGCACUCUUGGUUCCAAACUUCUGCCUGGUAUUGAUGUCAUGUGGACAGGUUGCAAAGUGAUCAGUAAGAAGAUAACAGUGCAGACCUUGGAAGAAAUUACCAGGGUGUUGCGACGUGCACCAGUCAUAUGGGACAACAUACAUGCUAAUGACUAUGACCCAAGACGUGUCUAUUUAGGACCUUACGAUGGUCGUUCGCCAGAUAUUAUUCCAUACAUCCGUGGCGUGUUGAGCAACCCUAACUGUGAAUUUGAGAACAACUUUGUUGCUUGUCACACGCUUGGCCAGUGGAGCAAAUCCAAUCUGGAUGGAGUGAAGAAAGAUAUCUUAAAUGAGCGUCUGAGUCCAGUAGCUGCGGAUAUCAAACUUGAAACAGAGAGUGACUUGGGAUCUGAUGAUGAUAUAACUUCACACAUAGGUCAGCCCUACAAACCUAGGCGAGCACUUAAAUUAGCCAUAAGGGAUUGGUUAGAGGAGUUCAAAGUCACACGCCACCCACCCAGAAGAAAUGUGCCUUUAAACUUACCUUUACCCUUUGGUGUACCACCAGAGGUGCCUUCGGGAAUGCCAUCUAUGGCACCACCACCACCAUCCUUGUCUACCCUAUCAGCCUUGUCAACACCACUGUGUCUACCUAUUGCCAAUGGACUUCCUCCUGUCAGCAUACCAGUUCCUGACAUUGUGAAGACCUGCACCAUCACCACACCUACCACCAUCACCCCAUCAACCUCUUUAGCUUGUAGUGCUUCAGGUCAUAUGGAGAUCCUCCCUCUUAUGGUUGCCAGUUCCAGUAUUACACCUUGCCUGGAUCCUGCUUCUGGUAUUCUGGCCAGCCCAUCAAAUCUGAUCCCAUUGUCACAACCUGUCAAUGCUCUGGCACAGGACUGUUCGCCCACAGAACUGGACAAUCUCUCUGACUCCAGUACUGAAAUGGAAGCUAUGGAGUGUGUCCCAUGUUCAUCAAAUGUGACCCCUACCAUGGCUUCUGGUGCCAGCAAAGCAGACUCUGUUGAGAGCUUGAUGCAGGUGGAAGUGUGCAGUAACUGUGAUAAUAAUAAACCUGAAAAUUCUUUACCAGAGCUUGUUCCAGAUACAGUGACAAUAGACGACAUUUGCCUGUUGGUGGAUUUCUUCUAUCUGCCUUUUGAGUAUGGAUCUAAGUCUAUAUAUGUGUUAAAUUCUCUUAACUGGCUGAUUGAAAAUUUGCAUCAAGUCAAACGGAACAGGAGAGAUACUGAUGAGUUUAAGGCAUGGGAGACUCAGGCUGAUGACUUUGAAAAGGUGGUUGUUGCAACUGAUCGCUUGCUAAAGAGACUAUUUUAUUCAUCCAAUAAGUCCUUGUUGUGCAGUCUGCAUACUUACCUAUGGGAUUUAAAGAGCACCCUGUCAGUCUGUCUUGCCUACGUCAAAUGGCUUAAAAAUGGUUUGAUACCAGAUGUUUCACUGCUGCCAAGUACAAAGGUCACCACAUGGUUUUCUGAAGGCUAUAAGGAAGCCUUUGUGAGUGGAGAUAUGGAGCCCUGGGUUUUUCGAGGUGGCCUUCAGCAUGAGCUGCAACGACUGUUGCCACUAGCAACGGCUCAUGACUUGUUUUUCAUCAGACCGCCAGAUAUUAUCGUGCCUUUAACUGCACGAUUCCGACUAUAUCGCUCAGAAGAUGAGGAACAAAUAUAUGACAUCUGCCUGAAGACAUGUGAUGAUGGAAUGGAUGGAACAGAUGUGUUUCCUGAAAAUCCUAGGCUUAUUGGCGACAGGUUGGUGGGACGGUUCUUGGCACUGUCACCAGAAUUCUGCUUUGUGGUGGAGGAUGAGCAAGGUGUAUGUGGCUAUGCACUAGGUGCUCGUGAUGCCAAGGAGUUUUUGGCUUGCAGUCAGUCAUCAUGGGUGCAAGCCAUGUGUGAAAAAUAUCCGAAGCCACUCAAAGAUGACUUGUCACCAGCUGAGGAGGUGAUGAUAAGUUUCCAUGGCAAGAUGCUUGAGGUGCCAGAUGAGGUGCACAAAUGCUACCCUUCAGUCAUGCGGCUUGAUGUUCUUGCCCAUCGUAUGUGUGAUCCUGCAGUUCCUCGCCGCCUGCUGGCAUGCAUACUGUGUGCACUGAAGGCAGUAGGCUCAUAUGGUGUUCAUGUAGAACUCAAUCCUGGAGACAAGUAUAUGGCUGACUUUUAUGUUAAACUGGGCUUUGUUCCCAUUACCACUAAUGCUCAAAAUCUUUCUGAAGAGGUGGUGUACAUGGGACGUCCUUUUUGAAGUGCAUCAGUAUGCAUCAUUUACUGUUUUAAGAAAGGAGCUGUUGUGUAGUAGUAAACUGAUCUGUUAUGACCUGCAUAUUUAUACUCGCACAAGGAUUCCUGUUAGAUUCUGAGUCAGCUUGAUUAAGCAUUAGAAAUUUUCCCAUCAGUUAUUUUGGACUGAGUCUAAAAGAUAAGUGGAAAUCGGCAUCAAAAUAAGUUGUGAAGUUGGACUUAAUAGGAUGUAGAAUUUUAAGCAGAUUAUAUAGUUUAAAACAUAAAGCCGAAAAGUGCUAGGUAUAUGUAAAUAUUCCUAUACAUGCAAAAGCUCCUUCCACUCUACAGCUACUUCAAUUUUUUUAUAUUUAAGAUUGGUAUAUCAAUUGCUUAGAAGUUAAAAGGAGUGUAAUGAUACCUAACAAGAAUAAGGUUUGCGUUUCAGCCUGAACUUAGUCUUUUUAUGUCUUAAAAUUUUUUUUAAGUGCUUUAUGGUUGAUGCGGGGGAAAAAAUUUUUAAAUUGAUAAAAAUAUUGCUGCUUUAUUGUCUAUGAGAACAAAUGUCACAACAGAUAUCGGAGACUGAUCAAGCAGAAAAGGACUGCUGUUGAAGGUUUAGCUUACUUUUCCAUCACAUAGAACCUGGAUAGAUAUUUCUCUGUAUAUCUUGCAUUGUAUAGAGCAUGUUUCUCACAUUAUAAUGACAUCAUUUUUCUGUCCAUGUGAUAUGCAAUGCUUCUUGCCAUAAAGUAAUUGAUGAUUGGAGCUGCAGGAGUUUGUGAUAUGCAUUUCAUCAGACAAGCAACCAAGUUUUCUUGUUCCCACACAAUCCUUGUGUGCCUUCAUCAUGGGCAAGUGCAACUGACAUGUUCUGGCGUUUAUGGCGUUUUUGUGUGUGUGUGUCGAUUUGGCUCUGCAUGAAUCUGAAUUAUGUGCUAUGACAUUCUACUAAAUGACUUUAAAGAACAGAGGCCUUUUAAUUUAAUCCUCUAAGCAUAUUGUCACUUUUCUAAAAACUGCAAAAGAUAAACUUAUAAUGAACUAUAAUAAAUUUGAAGCAAACCAAUAAUAUAAACUUGUAAUUUAAAGUCAGACCAUUUUUUUUUAAACAUCCAUCUCCAGCCUGAACUUGCCCAGUUUUAUUUCUGGUGAAUAUUGAUAAACAGAAUCUUCAAAAGUACAUGUACAGAUCAUGUGACCUAUGAGAUGUGUGGUUCUUAAAUAAGUUGCUUCCAUUAGUAUACAUUCCUGCAUCUACAUUCUACUGUAUUCUGGUCUUCUGUUGAGCAAAGCCUUGCUGAUGGAUUUUUAGUUAUCUCAGGAGCUUUGUCAAUUUCUUCAGCAGAUCUACUGCACUGCAAGUUGAAUAGCAUAAGCAAUGUUAUGAAUAGUUUAGUAUGAUCAAAGUAUUAUGUACAGCAUAAGUACACUAUGUUGUUCACAUGACAAUGAAAUCAUCUAGGCUUUUCAGUGAUGCAUGGAAAGGGGUAAUGAUAAACAGCCAUAUGGCUAUUAUUUAGGAUUAAGAAUAAUACACAUUUCCAGUGCUCUAGAUGGGAGCACCAUAAAUAUUUUGUACAAAAGCAAAUUAAAGAUGGGCUGCUGGUUACAGAAAUGAACAA